AUGCGAAUAGGCAAGUCGGAUGCAUUGGAUCCUCAAACUGUUCUUACUCGCAAUUUUACUACUCGAGGUCCUGUGACAAUCAGAUGCAAGUCUGGUCAUUUUAUAAACAUAAUAUCCGCAAAUAUAACCUGUAAUGGGAGUGUCGUUGACGCAACCCUGGAAUUUUGGAAUGUUUGUAGGAACAAGACAAAAUGUAUAAUCACUAUGGAUAAUAUUGAAACAUGUUUUGACCCCUCUGGAACUUUUGGAAAAACCGAAUUUACAUGCUCAAAAUUAUAUGCCCUGGACUGCGGACUUUUUCACCCACGCAAAGCAGAGGAUCAAGAAUUUUGCAUGCGCCUAUGCCUUGGAUAUAUUGACCAAUGCAGAUCAAAGAAGGAUUUUUUGCCGAGAGUUUUUACCCUUAAGUGUAUAGAAAAACUGUUCAGAAGAAAUUCAUUUAAUAAGCGAUGUAUAUUUCUUCUAGGGAGCAUAAGAGGUGAAAAUAACGAUUUCAAGUGGGACUCAUAUCUUAUGAACAAAUUCGAAACUGGGAGAGUUGUACUGACAAAUAUGUCCUGGAGCUACAUAAAAUACACAAAGCCCAUUGAAAAUCCAAUAAUCAUCCCUUCAAUGGCUAAUUUGAGGAGAUAUGUCAAAGUAAACUUAUUUAAUGUUACAAAUAUCGGAUUUCAAGCAAAGUUGCUAGUUAUUGAUUGUCUAGAUAGUUGUAAAGAGAGACGUAAAGAGUUUAAAAGUACUAUUGGAUGGUUGGCCAUUUCUGUAGGAGAUCAUUCUCCCUAUAUAGAAAAGAGAUUACAAGUAGGAGCAUUAAGGGGAAAAUCAUCUAUAAUUUUACCGCUCGAUCCUAGGAAGGAAUGGAUUAUAUUGGCCCAAAUUCAAAAAAUUGAAACAGAAGGUGGAAAUAUACCAAGAGUAUUCCAUACUAUUUUGACAGGCGAUGGAAAAUAUACUAUUGAAUUUCUCCCAAAAGAGAGGGAUGUAGUCAUAGGAUAUAUUGCUUUUGAAGCUGAUGGACCACAUUUCAUUCAUGAUGCAGAUGUUGUUGUGUUUAGUGAAGUGGCGGAGAGUGUAAAUGUCUGUACGAUUUCCAUAAAUAUACCAAGAAGGUGGCCAAAAAACAUUCCAAUGUAUGGAAACACACUUCAUAGUUCUAUAAUAGUAAAUCCCAAUAUACAAUCAAAUAUUUCGUCCCUAAGGGCUGAAAGGGAUGUAGGAGCUACAUCUGAUGGAAAAAUCAAUUUAUGGAAUCUAAAAAUUGAAUAUAUAGUUGAAAAACCAACAAUAACUCUACCUCCAAUAGUUCAUGGGAUUGUAAUAGAAGAUGAAGCUUCCAUAUUAUUAAAGAGAAUCUGUAAAUAUUGUAUUCGGGGUGAAACUAAAAACGAAACAAAUAGUACCAGCAAUCAAUCUACUGGAAGUAUUCGUAGAAGGAGUGACACUAGGACAAAAAGAUUUUGUUUCAAAGAAUGUAAAUCUUUGCUAGGAAAAUGUAUUGACGCAGAAAAUAUUAGGGAAUGUUACGCUGGUGUAAGCAAGGGUUGUAGACUAUUAGAUAGUGAUAUGUUGUUGGAUUCAAUAAUAAGUUACAAAAGAGCUAUUGCUAUAAAUGAGAAAAGGAAGGUGAAAGAGAAUGAUGUAGAAAUAAUCCAACCUCCUGAACCAACUCCUGUUUCACCGGUAGAGAAGGAAAAAAAUAAAACAAUAGUUAGAGACUGUCUAGAGGGUCCAUGGGGAGAAUGGUCAAAAUGUAGUAAUUAUUGUAGAUCAGAGACAGUGAAAAGUCAGAGGGUCAGAAAGAGAGUGAUAUAUGCCAAAAAUAUUGGUAGUGGCAGCAGGCCAUGUAUUACAGUAGAAACCCAAGAAUGCCUUAAUCUCCCAAAUUGUUCAGAAUUUUGUCUAAAGAGAGCUGUUGAUGGAGUUGAACACUUUUUUAUCUGGUCAAAAGAUUGUAAAAUCAGUGUAGAUGAUUUAGAAGAAGACAAAUAUGCAGGAAAUUUUGAAGGUCUAAAAUCCGGUGUAAAGGGAACAGAAUCUCCUGGAUGUAAAGUUGAUGAUAAUUGGUCAUCAUGUGAUGCACCAUGUGAUUUAGGAAAUCCAUUUCACGAACACUUGCGCAUUCCACUUGCUUGUAGUGAAACUAAAAGGGAAUGUCGAGUUAAACCAGAGAAAUGUAGAGUCCAACAGGUGAAUCCUCGGUGUUUUCUUAGUAAUACUGUUUAUGACAUGGAUGAGGAAACAUGGGUAAAAAACGAUGCAUGUAUAUGUAUGUCUGGUACCGUUUGCACAGCAGAAGAAAUUUACAUGGGUGAAGAUUACGAUGACUUACUGUCAUUUGAAAAUAUUUCCAGAGUAAGUACAGGUAUUAAAAAUACAGCUGUACAACUAUUUAUCUCAGUUGCUAAUGGAAGACGUGUGAAUAUUCCAGUUGGGUUUCUGAAAGAGAUAACAUACGGGAAGUUUAAUCAAGAAGAACUGCAACAUUUUUGUGCGACUGGUGGAAUAAGAAUUGAGCCUCCAAUGAAGGAAACCCUAUGGACAGAUUGUAGAUUGGCAGAUAGUAAUGAAAAGAAUGUCGAAGGAGAUAUAACGAAACCUCAAAAAUCUUCUGGUAUGAAAAAAUCACGCUGUACCUCAAUAUGCUACAGCAUUAGAGGAAAAUGUGAAAAUGAAGUUCAGGAGAUAGAAGAUGCAGAUAUUGUUAGGUGUUUUAAAGAGACUGUACUAACUAAAAAGGAAAGUGUUGAUGUUAUAUCAUUUAGAAAAUAUGGGAAUUUACAAGGAAUUAGCAUUCCUAUGGACGAAUUGUCCAAGAAAAUUGCUGAUUUGAUGGUUGAAAUGACAUCAAAUACUCCAGAGAAUAUAUUAUCUUCAUAUCUUAGUCAAUACAGUAUUUCCAAACAUUUUGUGAUGUUAUCAGAUGUUUUUAUAAGUUUUACAUGUAACUUUGGACCAAAUAUGGAACGAGUACAUGAAUUAUGUGUCCAAUCGACGAAGAGUAUCCUGAACAUGUGCAUAAUACGAGAAAAUAAUAAGAAAGAGGGAAGAAUAAGAUUAUGUAUGAACAAAAGAAUUGAUGGAAGCAAAAAUGUUACACAGGAGAAGAUGAGUGAUGAAUGGGAGUUUAAAACCUACUGUCACUUCAAGAAGGUACAACCAAUUGGAACAGGUUUAGUAUUUUGUAAGAAUGACAAUCUAAAUUGUGAUUUUGAUGAAUGGACACAGUGGUCAGAAUGUACAGAUACGUGUACCAGAAACGGAAUUGUUCCUGUGAGAACUAGGACCAGGAAGAUGAAUGGGGAUGCUAGUGCAUGCAACAUGAAAGACAAUAAACUGAUCGAAACUGAACCUUGUCUUUGGCUUCCCCAGUGCCCUUAUGAUGAUAUAAAAGAUUAUAUAGAAGAAAUGAAGACAAAUAUUGCGUGGGAGGUGGUACUAGAAAAAAAUAGUGAUCUACAAGAAUGGGCACUGGAUGAAAGGGCUGACCUCGAGAAUGAGUUCAUGGAAGGAAAAACAACUCCCGCAAAAAGGUGCAAUAUAUUUUUAGGACAGCAACAAGUCCAAAACACUAGACUUAUCCUACAGGUUUGUUUUUUCUUCUACCCUCUCUUGUUGUGCAUGCGGAUAAAGUGA